AUGUCGCUCCAGCUGGUGGAUCUUGGUGCGGAUGUGAAGGGCAACUACAAGUCGAUAAUCGUCUCGAGUAAAAAGAGGUAUGAGGCAGUGCCGUGGGAAGACAGCGUGGAGACCAAGGGCCUGGCGAUCGAGAAGGACACCAACCCCAUCGCGAAGUAUGCGUUGAGCAGAACGAUGGAGAUCCUCAACUCGGACAUGUCGAACGAGGACAAGGUGGAGAGGCUAGUGGCGUUGGUCGGCACCUUGAUGGAGUGUAUCCAGGAAGAGAGGCUCGAGGCCAACGAGCAGGUCGCGGAGGUGAAGAUCUCCGGUCAGCCGCACUACAUCUACGUCAACAAUGACUAG